UGCCGCUGGUCCGGGAGCGAGGAGCGCAGCGGCAGAGUGGUCCUCGGGAGGAGAGGAGAGGAGGAACAUCCAACUUUAUGAACGGUUCAUUUAAUAACCCACGGGGCUGAAGGUCCGCCGCAGGAUGUGAGCUUCUGAAGGAGGUUCUUCACGGCGGUCCCCUGACGUUACUUCCAUAGGACGCGCUGGCGCAAUGGCGUCCGCUCGAUCUCUCGAAGGGGACGUCGACGUCUCGAGUAACGGAAAAGUAACGGUCGAUGCUAUUUCAAAUCUAAGCUAGCGGGCAGUUAGCCGCGGCAGGUGAGUCACGUGCUCCCGAGCCCUGGUUUCUACUGGGUCAUAGGUGGGGAGUUACUGGACUCUACUGGACUCUACUUGGUUAUAGGUGGGGAGUUACUGGACUCUACUGGACUCUACUGGGUUAUAGGUGGGGAGUUACUGGACUCUACUGGGUUAUAGGUGGGGAGUUACUGGACUCUACUGGGUUAUAGGUGGGAGUUACUGGACUCUACUUGGUCAUAGGUGGGAGUUACUGGACUCUACUUGGUCAUAGGUGGGAGUUACUGGUUUCUACUGGACUCUACUGGGUUAUAGGUGGGGAGUUACUGGACUCUACUGGGUUAUAGGUGGGAGUUACUGGACUCUAUUGGACUCUACUGGGUUAUAGGUGGGGAGUUACUGGACUCUACUGGGUUAUAGGUGGGAGUUACUGGACUCUAUUGGACUCUACUGGGUUAUAGGUGGGGAGUUACUGGACUCUACUGGGUUAUAGGUGGGAGUUACUGGACUCUAUUGGACUCUACUGGGUUAUAGGUGGGGAGUUACUGGACUCUACUGGGUUAUAGGUGGGAGUUACUGGACUCUAUUGGACUCUACUGGGUUAUAGGUGGGAGUUACUGGACUCUAUUGGACUCUACUGGGUUAUAGGUGGGGAUUUACUGGACUCUACUUGGUCAUAGGUGGGGAGCUACUGGACUCUACUGGACUCUACUGGGUUAUAGGUGGGGAGUUACUGGACUCUACUGGGUUAUAGGUGGGGAGUUACUGGACUCUACUGGACUCUACUUGGUUAUAGGUGGGGAGUUACUGGACUCUACUGGACUCUACUUGGUUAUAGGUGGGGAGUUACUGGACUCUACUGGGUUAUAGGUGGGGAGUUACUGGACUCUACUGGACUCUACUGGGUUAUAGGUGGGGAGUUACUGGACUCUACUGGGUUAUAGGUGGGGAGUUACUGGACUCUGCUGGGUUAUAGGUGGGAAGUUACUGGUUUCUACUGGGUUAUAGGUGGGAGUUACUGGUUUCUACUGGACUCUACUGGGUUAUAGGUGGGGAGUUACUGGACUCUACUGGGUUAUAGGUGGGAGUUACUGGACUCUAUUGGACUCUACUGGGUUAUAGGUGGGGAGUUACUGGACUCUACUGGGUUAUAGGUGGGAGUUACUGGACUCUAUUGGACUCUACUGGGUUAUAGGUGGGGAGUUACUGGACUCUACUGGACUCUAAUGGGUUAUAGGUGGGGGUUACUGGGCUCUACUGGCUUAUAGGUGGGAAAUACUGGUUUCUACUGGGCUCUACUGGGUUAUAGGUGGGAGUUACUGGUUUCUACUGGACUCUACUGGGUUAUAGGUGGGAAAUACUGGUUUCUACUGGACUCUACUGGGUUAUAGGUGGGGGGUUACUAGUUUCUACUGGACUCUAUUGGGUUAUAGGUGGGAGUUACUGGUUUCUACUGGACUCUACUGGGUUAUAGGUGGGGGGUUACUAGUUUCUACUGGACUCUAUUGGGUUAUAGGUGGGAGUUACUGGUUUCUACUGGACUCUACUGGGUUAUAGGUGGGGAGUUACUGGACUCUACUGGGUUAUAGGUGGGAGUUACUGGUUUCUACUGGACUCUAUUGGGUUAUAGGUGGGAGUUACUGGUUUAUACUGGACUCUACUGGGUUAUAGGUGGGAGUUACUGGUUUCUACUGGGUUAUAGGUGGGGAGUUACUGGUGUCUACUGGGUUAUAGGUAGGGAGUUACUGGUUUCUACUGGACUCUACUGGGUUAUAGGUGGGAGUUACUGGUUUCUACUGGGUUAUAGGUGGGGAGUUACUGGUGUCUACUGGGUUAUAGGUAGGGAGUUACUGGUUUCUACUGGACUCUACUGGGUUGUUAUAGGUGGGGAGUUACUGGUUUCUACUGGACUCUACUGGUGUGUUAUAGGUAGGGAGUUACUGGUUUCUACUGGACUCUACUGGUGUGUUAUAGUGAGGAGUUACUGGUUUCUACUGGUGAGUUAUGAGUGGUUUCUACUGGACUCUACUGGUGUGUUAUAGUGAGGAGUUACUGGUUUCUACUGGACUCUACUGGUGUGUUAUAGUGAGGAGUUACUGGUUUCUACUGGUGAGUUUUAAGUGGUUUCUACUGGACUCUACUGGGUUGUUUUAAGUGGGGAGUUUAUGGAUUUCCUCCGGCUUCACUGAAUAAAUAAACAACAUGUAUACUGCACGGAAAAGAAGAAAACCUGCGCAGAAGGGAGUCAAGCCGACCCCAGCUGAAAGCACCAAGUCCAAUCCGUCCAAACGCCACCGCGACCGCCUGAACUCGGAGCUGGACCGGCUCGCCAGCAUGCUGCCCUUCCCCGAGGACGUCAUCUCCAGCCUGGACAAACUGUCCAUCCUCAGGCUCAGCGUCAGCUUCCUGCGCACCAAGAGCUUCUUCUCCGUGACGCUGAAGAACCGGCUGCCCGGCGGCGCGAAGAAGAGCGGCGGCGACGCCAGCGGAGCGCCCGAGGACGGCGUCGUACCGGAGGGGGAGCUGCUGCUGCAGGCCCUGAAUGGCUUCGUCCUAGUGGUGACCGCUGAAGGAACCGUCUUCUUCUGCUCUCACACCAUCCAGGAUUACCUCGGCUUCCAUCAGACUGACGUGAUGCACCAGAGCGUGUUGGAGCUCAUCCACACUGAAGACCAGCAGGAGUUCAGGAGCAACCUGCACUGGGCCCUCAACCCCCCAGCCGGCCUCGCCCCCCCCACAGAUCCCUCACCCGAUGGCGAGCCUUCCUGCCUGGUGAGCUACAACCCCGACCAGCUUCCCCCGGAGAACUCGUCCUUCCUGGAGAGAGGCUUCGUCUGCCGCUUCCGCUGUUUGUUGGACAACUCCUCCGGCUUCCUGGCGCUGAACAUCCAGGGCCGUCUCAAGUUCCUCCACGGUCAGAACCGCCAGCGGUGCGACGGUGAGGGCAGCGCCCCGCCUCAGCUCGCCCUGUUCGCCAUCGCCACUCCCCUCCAGUCUCCGGCCAUCCUGGAAAUCAGGACCAGGAACAUGAUCUUCAGGACCAAACACAAGCUGGACUUCACACCCAUGUCCUGCGAUGCAAAGGGUAAAAUAGUCCUGGGCUACACGGAGGCGGAGCUGAGAGUCCGAGGCUCGGGUUACCAGUUCAUCCACGCCGCCGACAUGCUGUACUGCGCCGAGAACCACGUCCGCAUGAUGAAGACGGGCGAGAGCGGCCUCACCGUCUUCAGGCUGCUCACCAAGGACAACCGGUGGAAGUGGGUCCAGGCCAACGCCAGGCUCGUCUACAAGAACAGCAGGCCCGACUACAUCAUCGCCACCCAGAGGCCGCUGGUAGAUGAGGAAGGAGGGGAACACCUGAGGAAGCGAUCGAUGCACCUCCCCUUCACCUUCGCCACCGGAGAGGCGACCCUCUACCAGACCGGUUAUCCGCUGCACGGCUUCCCGGAUUCCUUCCAGGGAAAAGCCGGCAAGUCCAAGAAGGGGAAAUUGGACAAGACCAGUUCAGAUGAUCUGGACCCAAAGUCCCUGCUGGGGGCGCUGAUGAGCCAGGACGAGUCCGUGUACGUCUGCCAGCCGGACGUGGCGCCCAAGACGGCGUUUCACAGCAGCCUCUUCAGCGAGCAGCAGAGCGACGGCGGCGCUUUCGGUGGCUUGUUAAGCGGCAAAGGCUGGCUCGUGGCGCCCAACGGGGAGACGGGGACAUGCAACAGCAAAGCACCCGGCAACGACCCCCUGCUGGCCACUCUGGACUCUCUGUCCCUGGACGCAGAGGAACCGUGCUCCAACAGCGAGCUCUUCAGCGCCCUGGAGAACCUGGGCCUGAACGCCGAAGACCUGGAGCUCCUGCUGCUGGACGAGAGGAUGAUCCAGGUGGAGCUGGGCCACGUGCCCACGCUCGGCGACCUUCUCACCAACAACGAAAUCCUGUCCUACAUCCACGACUCUCUGGGGAGUGGGACGGAGGGGGAGGGUCAAGGAGACGGAGGUGGAUCAGGACCUCCGCCUCAAAGCUUCUCCCAGAAGCCACCAGCUCUCCUCACGCCCGCCGUCCCUCCGGCUCUUCCCAUUACGCAGCUGUCGCAGCAGAUGCUGCAGCACACCGGUGCUGGACUGAGAGCUCACCCGGGGCAGAUUCAGACCUCCUCCCAGCCCGGGACCGUGGACUCUAAGACUUCAAGUGGGGUCCCUAACACUCACUGGCUGGUAACCAACAACAACAGCCACCACCACCCACACACGGGGCUCAGAGCCUCGCAGCUGAACGGUGAACAGCAACACCUUCUGCUGGAGUCCGGUCCACCGUGGCAGCUUCAGCAGGACCAGGACCAGCACUCGCUGCACCUCCGGUCCCACCAGCAGGCUCUGCCACCCGGCUUCCAGAAUCAGCUCACGACAAACGGCCACGCGGGUUACAACACCGCGCCAGACCUCUGGCACUACCAGAGCUCCGACCCGCUGCAGGGGGACCACAAGCACCAGCAGCCACCGCCGGCCCACAGCUCGGCACUGGAGCUGGAGCAGCUACUGGGUCUGACCCCGCCUCAGCUCAGCCUGCCCUCCUUGGAGGCCUACGGCACACUGGACUCCACUCACAGCAAGCUGGAGGCCGGCCGCCUCCUCAGCGCCACCAACGCAGCCUACAUCCGCACGUGUCUGAUGCCCAACGGGAACGGAGACCUCCCAGACGGACUGGCCGCCCUGCAGGACCCCCACAAGUCUGGAUUCUUACUCUGAAGGGAGAGGAGAAGGUACAGAAGGAGGGCAAGAAGAGAUGUGACCUCUUUCUUAAUGUAACGAGGGAAGGAAAAGAAAGGACUGGUUUGUCUCCUCCCUCUGGAGAGGCUGCGUGUUUAACUUCAUCCGUCUGUACCCUGUUGAACUUUCACAAACAACUCUCUUUUUGUCCGUGUGCAAGUAUACAAAUCCAGAUUCCAGCUGUAAGAGGUUGUCAUGCAACACGGGUCUCUACUCACUUCACAAGCAACAUGUACGUUUUAACUAGCUGUUGGUUAAAAACGACAUAAACAAAGCUCGAGGGUCACAGCCGAGCUUCUAGAUCUGUGCUUUCAAACGCAGCGCUCUGCAGUUACAUGGAAAGGGUUGGUUUGCACGAUGUAAUAAUAAAAAACCAGGAUACGUGUUCCACUGGCUGGGAUCUGCUCCUCCUCCUCAUGAAGAGGUUCAGAUGGUCAAAGGUCACUUCUGAUGCUGCGUUCUGGCCUCCUUGAGGUCACAGUGAUGAUAUUGCAGACGUGAUGAAAAAGGAUCAAAACAUAAAUAAGCAUUUUAGUUUCCUGACCGGAGACGGCGUGAAGAUGUCCCACGAAUGCCUUGACCCCCCCCCCUGCAGUCGUUACGUUAUAGAUGACCACUGAAGAGGAACCAUGGAAGUACAUGUGAGAGAAUACAUGCACUUAAAUGUAGGACGUUAUGUUCACGUGUGUAAACUAAAUGAAAGUGGAGAUCAAAACCAAACCAUGCUACGCUCUCAGAGAACGUUUAUUAACUUUAUUACAGCUGAAAGUCAAACAAACUUUCCUCUGAACAACGUAACAAAACUCUUAACGGGACCUAUAUUUAGAAUUAUCUUUAUAACUCUAUUAAAAGGUUUAAAACACCCAAACUAUCCCUUUGACAUGCGUGGAGUCCAAAUACCAAGAGCUUUGAUUUCAGAAGACUUUAUAAACCUGGAGGUGGUCUGUGUGAGACAUGAAUGCAGCGUCGCUCACGCUUAGAAGACCGAAAGAAAGGUCACAAGCUGGACGACAGCGUUUAGCAUUUAGCAUUUAGCAUUUAGCACCGAGUCAAAAACCAAAAGAGAACCGUGUGUCUGCAGUUGUUGAAUGUCUUUCAUUUCACCUCGAGGUGCUUCAAAGUGACGCGCUGUUCAAGAUCCGCCUCUUUUCUUUGUUUUUUGUAAACUGACUUUUCUUAUGAAACAGAAUAUUUAAAGAUUAUAAGGUGACGAGGCGCGUUAAAAACAAAGGAAUGGUUGUGUGUUUGUAUAACUGUGUUUUUUAUGGAGCCAGCACUACUUUAACAUCACUCACAAACUCUUUCUCCAGCACUGAAAGUAGUCUUGUAGAGAAAAAAGCAUUUUAUGAUUCGUUGUUGUGUGAAUAUUGUUCUUAAGAGUGUUUUAUCUUCGUCAUGUUUGUCACUUUAGCUCAAAACAAAAAGCCGUGCCAUAAGUCCUUCAGUAUACUUCCAAACACUGGACCUACGUUUUAUCUCCACUCUGUCCACCAGAUGACAUUUAAAAGUGUUUUUUUUUUAUAUUUUCAUGGUGUUAUUUUUGUCAAACUGUGGAAGCAAACCUUCCGUAAGCUGUUAUUAAUUUUUUUUUAAAGCACACAUACUUUAUUUUGCUACUUUUAUCACUGAAGCUUGUAGCCAUACGUAAAACAAAACUUUUUUAAAAUGCAGUUUGUCUUUCGAGCCUCGUGUUGAAAAUGUGCUCUUGGAUCCUGGAAAUAAAGGAUUUCGUGCAAUCACACUGAA